UUUGUGGACCCGCACACCUCACUCGUUCCUGCAUCACCUCUUUUUCCGACUGAGUCGUGGCUCGGCCCCGAGACAUCAUCAUCACAUCUCCUCGGUAUUGCAUAAAUUCCACAAUGGUUCUUUCUCGGAAGUCCAAGCUCGAUGAGCUUUUAACCACCUUUAACCGUGGAUCCUCCUCUGAAUUUUGCGCUUCCGUUUGCACUCCUCACAAUGGCCGAGACCCACGAAGCAGCCACCGAAGGGGUUCCGGGAACGCCUGUCAUCAGGGAAUCGAGACCCGAAACAGGGACCCGGCCAGGUGAGAACCCAGGUCCGGGGAUAAGAAUGGUGAAUUGCAGAGCUGUAAUCGAUACGUCACCACCGUUCGAGUCGGUCAAGGAGGCUGUGACCCAUUUUGGAGGAAGCGGGCCUUGGUUGCCCCUUUACAAGCUUGGGGAGGCUUUUAACAGCAUUGGAAAUUUUGACAUAAAGAAAGUUGAGGAACAAGCUGCGGAGUUGGAGAAGGAUUUGAUAGUGAAAGAGCUAGAAACACUUGAUGUGCUCGAAGAACUGGGAGCUACAAAAAAGAUUGUUGAGGAUCUAAAGCAGCAGCUAAAAAAAGAGGCAAUGAAAUGCUUUGCACCUCCUGAUGGUCAUAUCUGUGAACAGGCUGGAAAUCCUAUUGCAAAGGAGAUGAAUCAGGAAAACAGUGAAAAUACUAUAAACAGCGAAGGACAGGUAUUGCAAAGUUCAGGUCCCUGCCCUAUGUCAUCGGCCGAUCUGAUAUUAAUGGAUAUAAAACAAGCUAAGGUGGAUCUUGGUAAGGCAAUGAGUGAUCUCGGGGUGAUACAAACUUCUGUGGAAUCUUUGAAUAAGAAGAUGAAAAAGGAGAAAUUUUUUCUCAUGAGGACCCGUGAGAAGCUAGCAUCCAAUUUUGCAGCUGUCUCUGCUCAAGGGAGGGCUCAAGAACAACCAAAAUUCAAUCCACCGGCAACUUCUGUUGAAGCAAGUUGCACUUUCAACAAUCCUGUGAAUACUACGAAUAGCUUCAAUCCUGAUGUCGAGCAGCAAAAUAGGAUGGUUGAAACAAAGAAUUGUGACGUUUCCAAGUCCUUCCCUCCAAAGGAAGAUAAUGGAUUAAGCAUGAAGACUGCUGAGAUGAGGUGGUUUGCAGCUAAAAAGAUGGAAGAAGCCGCAAGGGCAGCAGAAGCCAUUGCUCUUGCUGAAAUUAAGGCUCUAUCUAGCACUGAGAGGUCAUCAAGAGUACCAAUGCCAGAACCUCGGAGAGUGACGUUUGAUUUAAGGGAGCAAUCUUCUUUAAACCCCAAAGCUCAAGAACCUGAAGAGUCAACCUUGAGAAAGGUAAUAGAUUCCAAGUUGCACGUUGAUGAAACAAACGUUUGUAAACUGACUAUACUUAAUUGGUUGGAGGAAGCUUCGGCAGAAGUUCUACAUAGCAGACAGGUCUUGACAGAGGCUUUAAACAGAGUUGAAAACGCAAACAGCAAGCAGCAUGCUGCUAAAGAGGCUCUGCGCAGAUGGCUUCCUGAUACUGAACCGAAGGGACAAGCAGUAUACAAUCCUAGUAAGAGCAAAAAGCUCAACCAGGGAGGAAAUUAUCGGCACUCUCCGCUUCCAGAUGCAAUGAGGUCAACAACAACGAACAAUGACCCAAAGCCUGUUUUAAGGUCCACUGUUUCGCUGAGAGAUGUUCUUAGAAGAAGGCCAGUUCCUGAAGAAUAUCCUGCUGAAAGGGAGAUGGAGGAUCAUUCUAUCUCAAUACAUCAUUUUUUGUUAAUAAUUUUAGAGUUAACAGCAACAACUUUGACAAGCUGGCAUCUUCUUGUGACAUUUUGUUCUCUUCAUGUGGCACUGAAAAUGAGAUUCUUUGAGCACAAACCUUUUGAGCAGAAAGCUGUCAUGGGAUUUGGGAUUCUCAAUGGGAUUUCAAUUGGACUUUUAAACUUGAGCCUGGGAUUCAAUUCUGUGGGAUUCUAUCAGAUGACCAAGCUGGCUAUAAUUCCAUGCACAGUUCUGUUGGAGACCCUUUUUCUGGGGAAGAAAUUCAGUAAAAGAGUUCAAUUUUCCCUUUGUGUCCUCCUUCUUGGUGUUGGGAUUGCAACAGUCACCGAUUUGGAGCUCAAUGCUCUGGGCUCUUUCUUGUCUCUUCUAGCAGUGAUUGCAACAUGCGUUGCUCAGAUUAUGACCAAUACCAUCCAGAAGAAGUUUAAGGUCACCUCCACCCAGCUUCUAUAUCAAUCAUGUCCUUAUCAAUCAGCAACCUUGUUAAUCUCUGGUCCAUAUCUGGAUAAACUGUUGACCAAUCAAAGUGUAUUUGCCUUCAAGUAUACAACCGAAGUGACGGCUUUUAUUAUUCUUUCCUGCCUCAUCUCAAUCUCUGUGAAUUUUAGCACAUUUCUUGUGAUUGGGAAGACAUCUCCAGUGACCUAUCAGGUUCUUGGACACCUAAAGACUUGCCUUGUGCUGGCAUUUGGUUAUAUCCUACUCCGCAAUCCAUUCAGCUGGAGGAACAUCCUUGGGAUUUUGAUAGCCCUUGUUGGCAUGAUUUUGUAUUCUUACUAUUGCACUGUUGAGAAUCAGCAAAAAACUGCUGAAGCUGCAGGCCAGGCAUCAGGCCAGGCAAGAGACAGCGAAACCGAUUCUCUCGUUGGCAUGGAAAGUGGAAAUGCGGUAUUCAACAAGAGGCAGCUCUAUGGAAGCAAAGACAAAGACUAG